AGCCCCGCUCCGCUACGCCUCAAUGGAACCGCAGCGUUAGAUGUCAUAUCUUAUCAAAUGUCAAGUCAAGUUUUAUUGUCAUUUCUCAAUAUCGGUAGAGGUUAGGAAAUGAAUAUAAACAAAAUUUAUCAUGAAUCCCAAAAGCGAAGAAGCACGUAACCGUGACGAAAACCCAUUUGAGGGAAUGGUUAUUGCAAGUUCAGAAUCAUUAGACAACUUAGAAGGCCGCAGUGCAUGUCCGCGGUGCGGCAAAUCACGAAUGUAUUUCUGCUAUACAUGCUACGUGCCAGUUUCCCUUAUUGCAGGAAAAAUUCCAGAAUGCAAGCUUCCAAUAAAGGUGGAUAUAAUUAAACACCGGCGAGAAAUAGAUGGUAAAAGCACUUCAGCACAUGCAGCCGUUUUAGCACCAAAUGAUGUCACCGUAUACACAUAUCCAGAUGUACCUGAAUAUCCCCUGGAUGGCAAAACCGUAUUAUUGUUUCCAGGAGCAGAGGCUAGAACUGUCCAGGAAUUGUUUACUGGAAAAGACAAUGCUCCUAGUUAUUCUGAUCUGUUGUUAGCAGAACUACCUUCUGGUUAUAAUGUAGGAACAUUAAUGACAAAAGUAUUAAAACAUCAAGACAUUAAUGAAAUUCAGCAUGCCCAUAAGUUUCCAAUAGACAGAGUAGUUCUUAUAGACAGUACAUGGAACCAGAGUAGAGGAAUAUAUGCUGACGAAAGACUUCAAAAGAUACCCACAAUAGUGCUCCAGAGAAGAGCUUCCCAAUUUUGGCGCCACCAGAAAGGUAGCCCCAGGUGGUACCUUUCAACAAUAGAAGCCUUACAUCAGCUGCUGCUAGAGCUACAUAUAUGUGCAUGGGGUAGGAGUGAACACUAUAAGUCAUUCCUCACAGUAUACAGUCCUGUGCACAAAGACGACAACCAUCCCCAGUGUAAACCUUACAUAGGACAAUAUGACAACCUGCUGUAUUUCUUUAAAUUUAUGUAUGAAAAAUUACAUAAACUGUACAAGCAUGAGAGCUUAUUAGCAUAUACCAGACCCAUGACAUAGCUUCAGUGUCAUUAAGUUUUGUCUACACCUAUUUAAGGUUAAAUAUUAGGUAGGAACAUCAGAGAUGUAAAUUAUUGAUAACUCAGUGAUAGCAAUAAAUUUUUAAGAAUUAC